CAGACCUUCCCCGGAGACAUCCCAGAUGAAGGCCCAAAUCGCCCCCUCAUCGCGCCGCUCGCGCCAAUGGCAACACUGCGCGCGGAGUACGAGAACGGAUCGCAGGGCUUCGUGAAGCAAAUCGACUGGCUCAUGAGUCAGGGGUGGGUCGGCAUCCGACGCACGCGUGGAGACGGCGACUGUUUCUAUCGGUCGCUCGCCUUCGCAUACAUCGAGAGCAUCCUGAACGCCCCAGAUACACUCCUCGCUGCCACGAGUGCGUUGUCGGUCCUCGAAGCGACACUUCCGCAGCUGGAGGGCGUAGGCUUCCAGAGGCUUGUCUUUGAGGACUUCUAUGACGCCUUGGCAGGCCUGAUCAACUCGAUCAUCACGCCAGUCAACGGACAGAUCUUGACGAUCGACAGGCUUCUGGCGGAAUUCAACAACCCGGAAGUGUCAAACUCUGUGGUCGUCUAUCUGAGACUGCUCACUUCCGCUGAGAUCAAGACCAACGCGGAGUAUACAGGCUUCCUGUUGCACCCGGAGACGGGCGAAGAGCUUGAUCCCGAGAGCUUCUGCAACAACUUCGUGGAAGCUGUAGGAAAAGAAGCUGACCACGUACAGAUGAACGCACUCGCAAGCGCGCUGAAGGUCAACGUGAACGUCGCGUACCUCGACGGGCACAACGCGAAGGGGGAAGUCAACUUUGUGCCGUUCCAGAACGCGGCUUUCACGGUCACCCAUCCGGUCAACCUCCUGUACAGGCCCGGUCAUUACGACAUCCUGGACAAACGGGACGCAGAUCCCAUGGCGUCGCUUCUUGGGUGA